GCUACAUUUGCAACUCUCACGUUUGCCUAUCAAUUCCUCUUUUUGCCAUUAUAUAUCUUUACGACCAUCUCUUCGAUUCAAUUCAAUUCUAACGACAGCGUCCUCCACAAAAAAAUCACCUACAAGAAUGCUCGUCACCUCAGGGCAGGUGUCCGUUGCAGUCUCUUCUGGUAUCGUGUUCCUCUGCACCGCAGCUCUGUUUCUAAGCGGCUAUGUCCUGCAGCAGCGCACCCUGCGCGACCUCCGCGAGGCCAUCAAGCAGCCCCCGCGGCCCUCCCCCAAGAUCUUCCUGCCCGACCGCUUCAAACAGUCCACCACCGAGCUCGCCGACGGCACCGUCGUAGCGCUUGACGACGACGGCAAUCGUGUGCAAGGCCAAGACCAAGACCAAGGCCAAGACCGAGACCAAGACCGAGAUCGAGACCAAAACCGAGACCGAGAUGUGGUGGGGCAGAAGCCGGUGAUUGUUGAGGUGAGGCCGACGCUGCCGGGGGAUGCGGUGGGCAAGGGUGGUGGUGGUGGUGGGGGUGAGGGGGGCAAGCCGACGAAGACGACUGUGAAGGGGGGGAAGAAGAAGGGGAAGGGUGGUGGUGGGAAGGAGGGUGCGGAAGAGCCGCAGAAGCCGAUGAGUAGGGCGGAGCGGCGGCGGAGGAUUAAGGAGGAGAUUCAGAAGUCGGCGCAGGGGGAGCGUGGCUACUACCGCCGGCGGUUGUGGUGA